AUGGAGAAUUUCGGGUCUACGAGCACCAUCGAAUCAUUCCAGCCCGGAGUCGUUCUCAAGCAACCGAUAAACUUCAAGACUAAGGGCCUUGCCGACAAGGUCGACCGCUGCUUUUCUGUUGAGCCGCUUAUACUCCAAAAACUUGGACACCAUCCAAGAAUUGUUAAAUAUCUCGGAAAACAUGGCCGCGGCCUUCUGCUCGGCCAAGCAAGCCAUAGCAAUCUCCAGGCGUAUAUCGACAACCAUCCUUCGACUGAUCUACGCCAACGUAAAAUAUGGUGUCGACAGUUGACUGAAGCUAUCGUCUAUAUUCAUAGCCGCGGCGUAGUUCACUCAGAUCUACGCCCGAAGAACAUCCUUGUCCACGAAACUACCUCAGGAUCACGAGACUUGGUGCUCUGUGACUUUGGUGGAUCUACGUGCGAUGAGCUGGGUCUAGAUGGAGGUUGCCUUCCUGACGGUCCUUUCUACAGCCCCACCUUCGGGCUCCAGUCUACUCCGGCUCUUGAUAUAUUCGGCCUCGGCUCUCUCUUUUACACUAUCCUGACGGGGUGUUGGCCUUAUAGAUCCUGCCCUGGGGCCCCUGAAAUAGCGGAGGAGAAGAUCGCCUACGAGAAGGAAGUUUCCGAGGCUUUAAGUCAAGGAGAAUACCCCGAUGUGACGAGAGUAGUGGGUGGCAGGGUGAUUUUGGGCUGUUGGAUGGGGCAAUACUUGACGGCCGAGGAAGUUCUGCUAGCUUUGGAUAGGGAAAUGUCGAAGGAGGCUGAUCAUAUCUCGAUGUUCUUACGAGUAGCAAUUUCCGUUGUGGUUCUAACAGCUUCUACAUAUCUAAUUGUACGGCGACGGCUACGAUGA